AUGGUUCAAUUGGCAAGAGAUACCAAAAUCAGUUUGCCCAUUCUUGAUGAUCAUCAGCUUCUCGAUCAAGAACCAUUCUUGAACGAAAAAUCAGCGGCCACACAGGAAUCUACUGGGCAAAGCAAGACGAAGAUUACUUUUAAGAAGAAACUAGUUGUAAUGAUCGAUAUUCCUGAUCGAGUGACGAAGCAGAAAACAGGCGAUAUUUGUUCUCUUCCGUCAGAACAGAACCAGCGGGAACAACUUCCACUGGAGUUGAAGAAGUACGUAAAGGAACUUGGGGCAACAGGGGAACUUGUUUUGGUGAUUGAAAAGAAAUUGUCUUCUUCAGACGUGAACACUGGGCUUCAAAGAUUGUCGAUUCCGGUAAAACAGGUUCUGAAUCACGGGUUCUUGACAGAAGAAGAGAGGAGCAGAUUCAACAUUGAUAACAAACAGCAAGAAAUUAACGCCCUCUUAAUUGAGCCAUCACUUGCUCAAUCAGGAAUCAAGUUCAAAAAGUGGUAUAUGGGGAACUCUGAAGUGUACGUGUUGGUGAGUGGCUGGAAUGAGGUUGUGAAGAGGAAUGGAUUGAAACCAGAAACACCAGUGCAGCUAUGGUCAUUCAAGAAGGAUUCACAAUUGUACUUUGUUUUGGUGCGGUUGUAG